AUGGCCUCAUCCCGAGGCUCCUCCCCGCUGUCGCCUAACUUUCUCCACGCCGGUGGCGGUCUUCCACUUUCCCUUCACGAAAUCCACGAGGAUGGUCCUGACCAUGGUACUCAUAGCGUCAUCUCUUCUCGUAUGACCGAUGUUAGCGACAAUGCUUCCGACAUUAUGGGCCUUGCCGAGGCUCAACAAUCCCAACAUGCCUCGUCUCGCCGCUCGUCAUUACAGCCUACGCUAGGUCAGACACGAACUAGGGUUUCAGUCAGCGAACCUAAGCCAGAUGCUUUCUCAGGCUCCCGCCCCAGCACUGCUAUGUCGAGUUCUACAGCCGGGAUAAGAGGAUGGUCGGGUGCUCCAGCGUCGCGGAGAGGUCUAGGUUCAGUUGGCGGGAGUGUAAGGGGGAGGCCGACAUCAUCAGCAUCGCGGACACAUGCGCCAUCGUUAACAAGCAACGCCUUCUAUAGGCCUAUGAGUUCGGCGAAAUUGCAAGCGCAAAGAGGGAAAGUUACGGAGGAAGAUGAGGCGGAGCAAAACAGGAUACGAGGGUUUGCGCAGGCUGCGCAGUCACCAGAAAGGCCGCCCAUUUUGGGGCUGUCGAUGAAUGAACCAAUUGCACACCAGCUCAAGCAACAAAGGUUAAGCGACGAUCGUGGUGGGUACGGGCAGUCUGGAAGGUCAUUAUCUCCAACAGGUCACACAGCGCAGUCGGUAACAUCCGUAUCGCCUUUACGUACAGACUCUGGGAGGAUGAAUGUGAAUCAUGCGAAUGGGGUAAAUGGGACGCCACCACUACCGCGAUUAGAUUCAUCGAGUCAGGGAUCUGGUGAAUCAAAAGAAAAGCAUCAGAAGCAGAAACAAGAGGACCUUGGAAAGAAUUGGCAGUAUUUCCCAGGAAACACAAGUUUUUGUUUUGGCGGGCGGUUUCAAACAGCAAAUGAUGUGCCAAUGAAUAUUCUGACAGCUAUUUUGAUCUGCAUCCCGGUGGGGCUAUUUUUUGGUUACUCGGCGAAAUGGUUAUGGUUCAAUGUAUCACCGGGGUUGCCAAUAACUUUUGCAUACUUGUUUGCACUCUGUAUGUCAUCUUUCAUCAAAGCCUCCGUCUCGGACCCUGGUGUCUAUCCUCGUAAUGUUCAUCCCCUCGAAACCGACAAUGACAACGACCCCCUUGCCGUCCCUCCGCCUAACGGUUGGGCCUUAAUUCGUCCCCCUAAACCAACGCAAAUCCAUCUUGAGAAACAACACCGCGAGAUUGACCCUGGUGUUGGGUUUCCUGACGCAAUAAGACGUUGGCAGCCAGUAUUUGCAAUGGUGGUUUAUGGAGCGGUUGCAUCACCGUAUCCACUUGCAUUGUUUGGAUACCAUCUCUUUUUAAUGGGGAGAGGCGAGACAACGAGGGAGUAUCUUCAUGGCCAUAAAUUCGUUAGGAGUGAAAGGCAUCGACCGUUCAGCCAGCAAAACAUCUUCAAGAACUUUGUCGUUGUUUUGAUGAGACCCAAACCUCCAACGUAUGUCCAACUGAAAAAUCGUUACAUUCGUGGUGACCAACGCUUCGAGCAGAGGAAGAUAGAAACAGACUCGCAGAAAGAAGAUCGGGAGUCGAGUCGUGGCGAAGCCACAAGGGGUGGCGACUAG